AUGUUAUUAGUAAAAACAAAAGUGGCCCCCAGUUCCAUUGCGGGUCUUGGUUUAUUUGCUGUUGAAUUUAUUCCGAAAGGCUCCGUUAUUUGGCGCUUUGAAAAGACAUUUGAUGUAUCGUUAAGUGAAGAAAAUUAUUCUUCGUUAAAAAAGAAUCCUGCUUUCGAUUCAAUGGAUCCAUACAUUUAUCGCAGCAUAAUAACUGGCAAUUAUAUUGUAUGUUCGGAUAACGCUCGAUAUAUCAACCAUUCAUGGCAAGCGAACACUGCCGAUAAGCCUGGGGAGAACGGAACUCUGACCAUCGCCACAAGCGAUAUUCAACCGGGUGAAGAAAUUACGUCCAACUAUGAACUAUUCGAUGCAGAUUUUGACAAAGAACGUGAUCAAUAUAAAUGA